CAGACAUCAGACGUGAAGCUUCAGAAGGAGCAAGUGCAUGGUGCAAACUCCCGCUCAUCCGAGGUGACCAAAUCAAUAGAUCUUUUGAUUCCCUCGCUUUACUGCUUAAUCCUUGUUUGAUUUUAUCACAAGAAAACAUGGACAGCCUUCAUGCACCUACAAUCCCCUCAGGGCCUACAACGGCGCCCACUGCCAAUGGACGAGCGGGGCACCUGACCAUCGCCGAGCUUCAGCGCAAGAAAGACGACCUUGAGGCCGAGCUCAGGGCAUUGGGAGGCGUUCUCGAAUCGCAUAAUGUUGAUAUGAACACGAACCUCUUGACCCCGGACGGUUUCCCCCGCGCCGAUAUCGAUGUUCCCCAAAUACGCACUACGCGUGCACGCAUCAUUCAUCUGCGGAAUGACUACAAGGAUUUGAUGGCGACCAUCGAAAAACAGCUCCACGAGCAUUUCGCAAGCCUGAACGACGAGGAAGAGGAAGACAUUACUGCCAAUCGACAGCAAGAGCAACAAGCAUCGCAGCUUACAGAUUCAGUGCCAGAAACCCUGGAACUCCCAUUUGCAAAGGUGAACAGUGUUGUCGACAAUAGUCCGGCUGAUUCAGCAGGACUCAAGGCAGGUGACCUUGUGCGCAACUUUGGCUACGUCAAUCGUACAAACCACGACGGACUGAAAAAGGUUGCCGAGUGCGUCCAAGGGAACGAAGGACAAACCAUUCUUGUCAAGGUGUCGAGGAGUACCGGCUCGGGCCAAACUCAAGAACUCCAGCUAAGCAUAAGGCCUAGGAGGGAUUGGGGAGGAAGAGGUCUGCUGGGCUGCCAUAUCAUACCCAUCUAACAGCCCGAUUCACCAGGUGUUGUAUUAUCGCCACAGCAUCUGUGUAUUAAUCAAGGACAGGUGAGGCCGGCUCCGAGGCCAGCAGCAAAAAUCAAAGCUCCUUCGACGUUGCGCACCUCACAUUAUCACAACACCCCGUCCUGAAUUGACAGCUUCUCCCCUGACUCUUUCAGGAAGACAGAGUUGUCCCUCUCAGUAAGGAGUAUACACAAUGUCAGGACGCAUCAUCCGUCCUUUAACCGCGUGGUUUGGUGGUAGUUUUUACAUCCCGCUCUGGGAGCCAGGAGCUACUAGUUCUAGUCAAGUGCGAUCUGCAAUCUCGGACCAUCAUCUUGCAUCCUAAGCAUUGAAACAUAAUGGCUUGUGUUUUUCGGGUAUGGCUGCUUGUGCAUGCCGACGAUGUAGAAAGGUCUUAGAAUACCCAGGGGCCCAUGGUGGCUUGGCCGAAGCUGUCGGCUGUGAACACACAUUGCAAAAGCAAAACCCGGAAACAUUUUGGUCGGAAAUAAAAACGAAAUCGCGAUCAAGACUUCUGACAAUAUCUUGCGCUCGAAGAAUUGCUUCUAAAAUCUGC